UUGUUUCAGAUUGAUCGGCCAGAUGUCUGGCCCUCGAGAUAAACCAAAGUCCGUGCUCAACGGGCUUUAAACUUUUCAAUGUGAUAACUGAGAGAAUUUCUCGAAUCUUCCUUAACGUCACAUAUUUCUUUCUCUUAUCGAGCUAUCGAGGAUCGUCUUCAUCAAAGAUUUAGAAUCAAUCGUUUUCGUCGUCUCGACCAAGAAAAUCGAGUUUUCGUGAUAGCUCUUUUUUGCCGAUCGCAGUUGUCGUUCGACGACAACGAAGGAAGGCUAAUUUAUUCUUGGUCGGCACGUUGCGUUCACGUAUGCAUACCGCGCGAUACGUCGCCGUGUUCUCAUCGUAAAAUCGCGUGUGAGAAAAGGCACUACUCGCGCGUGGUGGCGUGGCUCGUCGUCCGUACGAUCGACGGAUCUUUUUCUCCUUUCUAAGUAUUUUUCUGCCCUUCGUCGAUGUUACUCGCAACCAUCGUUUACCUUCUUCGACUUCUUCAGACGUUUCCAACGUGCUCGGGAUGUAAUCUUCGACGACUUGUAUUGUAAAGACGGAGAGGACUUACGAAAGGAAAAAAGAAAAACGAAGAAGGAAUGUCUCGAAUCGGCUCUGGAAUUUUCACGGCUUCGCGCGAACCGACCUGGGUGAAAUCAAACGCCGACGUCAUUACUCCUCGAACGUUUCCCGUUGUGCCUAGUUGCUAAUCUUCUGGACCAGAAUAGCUUCCGGUACGAUCGUUUACGAAGAAGAGGUGUACCGGUAUAUGCGAGUACCUGUCUAGUUCCACGCCCUUUAAUUAUCUACGCUCUGACACGAAGUAGCUGCAACAAAGAGUAACGCUACCAUUAUGCUCACGGAAGAAGCAAACGAGAAGCUACUAUAUAUUCUUCAUCCUCGAGCUCCUAUCUCAUUCUCUGCUUCUCUUCUUCUUUUACUUCUUCUUCUUCUUCGUCUUCUUCUUCGAGAGUGCACGAUCGAGACCGCCAAUGGGAGUACGUUCGUGAGCGGGUUUUAAUCAAAAGGUGAAAUCAAAAGAACUGUAGUGCUGUUGGUGCCGAUUGUGAGAGAAAGAUAGAUAGAUAGAUAGAUAGAUAGAUAGAUAGAUAGAUAGAUAGAUAACUGUACGAAGUGGAAAGAUCGAACGGUGGCUAUCGAUGCGCAGGGAACGGGUCGACUUCCUGUCUAACAUUUUCAUGAAAACGAUCGUGGCCAUUAGCGGAAGGAGAAGGUGAAAUAGCAAGGAAGAGAGAGAGAGAGAAAGAGAGAGAGAGAGAGAGAGAGAGAGAGGGAGGAAGGGAAAGAGAGAGAGAUGAAAGAGAAUAAGAUAGUGGAAAUAGGAAAAGCUUUUGAACUUUAGCGUGCUCGCGUUUGUGUGUGCGUGAAUUGUGUGGGUGUCUGUGUAGAUAUGUAAUGAUUCCGCCUAAGGGUGGAAAAAAUAUUUUGGAGAUCGAACAGUUUUUCUAUCGCUGGGUUAUCCGUAUCCGAGAGGUGUUUUCGUUAAAAAAUCGUUGGGAGAGUCUCUCUCUGUCUCUCUCUCUCUCUUAAAAUUAAGAGAGGAAAAGAGGUUCGAAUGAGCCGAUAUAUCUGGAUCUCUGGUUGAAGAAGGCUUCGUAAGAGCACGAAGAGUAACUCGAUCCUUGGAAAAAAAAGGAAGAAGAGAAAGAAUUGUUGGUGAAUCGAAUCAACGAGAUGGAUGCCUUGGAAUUGCAAGCUGCCCUGGUAAAGUUGGAUCCGGCUACUACGGUGACGCCUAUCACUUCGAAUGUCAAACUGAUGUCUCAUCAUCGUAUCGCCUUCGCCGUGGACGUCGACGAUGACGAUCUAACCCUAAGGAAUUCUUCGGAGGUCGAUGAAAAACAGUCGAGCGGUGGUUGCUCCGGCGAACAUCAGCAGAGUUCAUCGACUACGACAGGGACAGGAACGACAGGGACGAGGAAACUUCAGAACGCGAAUUGCGGCGCCAGUCUGACCGUGACUACUCAUCAAAAUCAUCAGACUGGCCAACAACAGAUGGGGAUGUCCAAGUGUAAUCUCGUCGAGGUCAGGUGACGCCAGCCCUGCUUCGGCGUUAACAUGAUUUAUCAUACCUAUCCGCCGCAUCGAGGUAGCAAGCACCACGGUAAACAUCAUGCAAAGGAGAAGAGACAUCAUCAUCACACUAUGCAUCAUCAGCAUCAUAGAGCU